UACAAAAUCUGGGCAAGGGAAAAAGUCGGCAAACGGUGCCCAAUUGUCCACCAGCCACCAACGCCGUUUUUACAACGCCAUUUUGUUUAUAAAUCUGUUCUUGCAGGACUGAAGCCGAGUGAGUGUGAAUACAAUGUCAGACUUCAGAGGCAGAGGUAUGAGAGGUGGACGGAGUCGGGGAGGCCCUCCCAGAGGAGGAUUCAGAGGUGGACGUGGCGGUUUUUCCAGCGACCGUGAGAGGGGGCGUGGAGGAUUUGGCCGUGGUCGAGGACGCGGAGAUGGAUUUUCCAGAGGGAGAGGAGGACCACCAAGUGAUUCUUAUAUUGCCAGACAUUUGAGCAGAGACGAUGAUUCACCUCCAAGAAAAUCUUCCCUCCUGUCAAGAGGCUAUGACAGUUCAGACAGGGACAGGGGACCCCCCAUGGGCCGACGGGACAGAUAUGAAGACAGUUAUGAAAGAGGUCCACCACCAUCCAGGUCCAGGGAUCCUUACCCUUCCCCUCCAAGGGACUCCUCAAGAAUACUUGACAGACUCAGCCCGCCCCGCAGUAGCUUACGCGACAGAGACUAUGGACCCAGUUCCCGCGACUACCCAAGCUCAAGGGGAGAUUACUUGCCAUCUCGAAGCUACAGUCCCCCCAGAGACUCUGGGUUCAGCUCUCACCGAGACACGUUCCGUAGUAGUCUGAGGGAGGACGACCGCGACAGCUUCUCCCGCCCUUCCCCCCGGGACUACCCCUCCUCCCGCAUGCCCUCAGACUACGGCAGUGACCGGCCGCCCCGGGACUUCCGAGAUUCCCCCAGGGACUAUGGUGCUUCUUCCCGCGACUACCCUCCCAGAAACUCUGAUUUCAGGAGCUCACUGGGCGGACGGGGAGACUUCAGGGAUCUGCCUCCUCGGGACCGGCUAUCCUCCCGCGACUAUGACAAUGGCAGAGACUAUCACUCACGUUCUGGACAUUCUGACAGGCCCGUUCACAUGGACAGGGAUUACGGGUCUAGUCGUUUUUCCAAGCUGGAUGACCGCAGUCCAGGCCGUGGACCUAGAGAGUACAGAGGAAGAGGUGCCCCUCGUGGGAUGCGUGGUGGACGAGAUGACCGCGGUGGGCGUGGUGGUGGCUUCAUGAAUGGUGGGCGUGGACGAGGUCCACCUCGCGGCCGAGGCCGGCCAGAUUUUCCAGGCAGUCGUGGGGGCAGAAGGAGUCCCCCUCCAAGUCGUGACGGACCACCGAGGAAAGCCCCGCGUAUGGAGAGCUCCGACAGUUAUAGGAGAUAAAACCCAAAUGUGAAGAGGAACCCCAAGAGUGGUUCUCUCACUGCGUCUGUAUAGAUAUCUACACAACUCACAUUAUGGAUGGAGUGACCUAUGAGGAUGGGACAAUUUAGUUAUGAUGAUGAAGCCGAGAAUGGCUCUCUGUAUGUACAUCUGUAGAGGUAUCUUCGCAACACCCAGUUGGACAUAGAAAUGCAGGCGAUGAGACAAGGAUUGUUCUCUCUGUACUGGUAUAUAUUUCUGCACAACCCAAUCUCUGGAUAGCAGGGAUGACUCAACUGAUUUGUUAGACUGGGAGAAUCUAGUAUUAGGCAAUGAAACUGAGCAAAGUUCUGCUCUGUACCAAUAUAGAGACUGUCUCUUCAACCCAAGCUUUGGACAGGUCAGAUUCAUUGAAUGACUUACUAGAGUGAGAAAAUUUUAAUACAACAGGACUAGAGUUGGACUGCAGGCUCUGUCUAAAUCAACUAGCUACCAAACCCAAAGGUGGACAGUAGACGUGCUGAAUGGUUUAUUAGAGUGGGAGAAUGUGGAUGCUGCUACACAGCUUGAGUUGUUGGAUUGCAGGCUUUACAUCCCCGUGACCUGAUUUGACUACAUCCAGUAGAAUGGAGUUUUUAGCCAAGCAGGUACCAUUUACUGCCUUCUGAUUUGAAUGGAAAAGAGUUCUGUGAUGAUUCUAGGUUUGAAGUGUCCACCAGGGAUCGGUUUCCGUACAUCUAAAGACAAAUUUUCUAAGGUUAAAAUUUAAAAAACCUAAUCAGUGAAAAUUCGAGGAACCAAGGCGCACUGCGAGUUGAGACCCAUGCAUUUGGGAUAUGCUCAGCUGUUGACAUUGUAAAUGGUGCAGCUUUUUUUUGUGUGUGUGUAGAAAGCAGAUAUUUGAUGAGAAUGGAAGUGGACCCACCUAUCAACUAAUGUCUGCAUAUGUUGGGGGAAAAUAUGGAACACUAAAUUGUUAAAAAAAAAAGAAAAUCAUGGAAAAUACCAUUCUGAUUUUACUUUUGUCAGAAAAAACUGAUGUCUGCCCAUCUAUAUGGUCUCCACCCCAUAAAAUGAACGCGUAAUAUAUUUUCCUCAAAUCAGGUUUUGUAUCUAAGACAAACCGUAGCAAUUAUGUUGAACCUUGUAAGUUGUAUGGCACUUACAGUGAAAGUUCCUUGCUUAAAUGCUGGAGUAAACACUGCUUGAUUAGGAUGAGGUGUGGUCACUCUGGUGUUAGGUCAAGUCACAAAGUGUACGGAAACCGGUACUGUAAGGUGUAAGGAAACUUUAGUUUUUAAAAAUAAAUGUACCAAAAUGUGGAAACUGGUACUGUAAGGAAACUUUCAGUUAUUUAUUUAUAAAAAAUAAAUUUAGCAAAAUAUGGAAACUGGUAUUGUAAGGAAGCAUUCAGUUUUCAAAUAAAUGUAGCAGAAUACAUGUAUCAAGUGUGAAAUGUCAGCAAACGAGACUGAUGUGACAAAGAAAUGUUGGCCAUUGGAGUUAUGUUGAGGCCAUCUAAUAAGUCGGGGCGUGCUAAAAGCCUUGGCUGUCACCGUGAAUAUAUUAUAUCAAUGCCUAAACUGUAAUGGAAGUAAGAAAGGAAAAUGGUACAAUGUACAGAUUGUUAGAUGUUGUUUAUUUUUUCAUUGAUACCAAUGUACAUACACAUCAGUUUAGAUUAGUGGCUAGAAGUUUAUCGUGUCGUAGAAAAUUCUUGGCCAUGUUUGUGAUGAACCUCACAAUCUUAAGGUCUGUACUAUGUACUGUUAGACGUUAUAACAGGAAUUCUGUGUUGUUGUUUUUUUUUUAAACCUGACAUUGGGGAUUGAGGGCUUUGUCUUAAACACUUGUAUUGUAAGCACAUUUGCUAUUUAUGUACAUAUGUUUGUCAAUUUCUGUGGGGAAAUUAAUUCUUUAAGCAAAUACAGCAAAAUACUUUCAAUGCCCAUUAUGUCCAUUUCAUUUCCCAUGUCUGCUCAUUUUCUGUCAGUGUGAAUUUUCAGUUCAAAUAAAAAAAGAUGAUAAAAAAC